UCAAAACAGUUUUCCCUCUUGAUUAAAUGGCUACCCAAAGUUAUCCCUUUAGGCAAAUAUUAUUGUUAUGAGUAAGGAGGAGAUUUUUAUUAUUUUUGCAACUCAUCGAUAUUUCGUAUUAUAACAAAUGACACGAAGGCGGCGUUUGUUGUCUUGCAGUGAACUCUGUAACGCUACAGUGAUGGCUGUACGUCGCUAAAUAUACAGCUACCAGCACGUUAGCAACGGAUGUGAACACGUUAGCAACGGUAACACCUACCUUAGCAACUGCAUGUCUCCUGUAUUGUGAAGGGCUAUCAGCGCAUACAAACAAUUGUAUUACCGGAUUGACGGGUAGGUCACAGCAAGGAUCAGCUCCGCAAUGAGGCUGAAAACAUCGCUGCUAAAGGAACCAAAACAUAAGGAGCUUGUGAGUUGCAUUGGUUGGACAACAGCAGACGAGCUGUACUCUUGCAGUGAAGAUCAUCAGAUCCUCAAGUGGAACCUACUCACCAAUGAAACCAGCCUUGUGGUCCGACUGCCAGACGACAUUUAUCCCGUCGACCUGCACUGGUUCCCAAAAACUGUCGGUGCCAAGAAGCAGACACAAGCUGAGAUUUAUGUCCUUACCAGUACUGAUGGAAAGUUUCACCUGGUCUCCAAGAUGGGGCGCAUAGAGAAGAGUGUGGAAGCGCAUAAAGGGGCUGUUUUGGCUGGAAGGUGGAACUACGAUGGGACUGCUCUACUCACAGCGGGUGAAGAUGGACAGAUCAAGAUCUGGUCAAAAAGUGGAAUGCUGCGUUCAACAUUACUGAGUCAAGGGUCUCCUGUUUAUUCUGUUGCUUGGAGUCCGGACUCUGACAGAAUCCUCUACACAUCAGGAAGGCAGCUAAUCAUAAAACCUCUACAACCAAGUGCUAAAGUCAUUCAGUGGAAGGCUCAUGAUGGACUUGUUCUUAAAGUGGACUGGAAUUCAGUCAAUGACCUCAUCCUAUCAGGUGGAGAAGACUGUAAAUAUAAGGUUUGGGACAGCUUCGGACGUCUGCUUCACACAUCGUCCUCUCAGGACUACCCCAUCACCUCUUUGUCCUGGACCCCAGAUGGCGAGGUGUUUGCCGUGGGCUCCUUCAACACCCUGCGGCUUUGUGACAAGACUGGUUGGUCCUAUGCGCUGGAGAAACCCAACACAGGCAGUGUGUUCAGCCUGGCCUGGUCUGCGGAUGGCACCCAGCUGGCCGGAGCCUGUGGAAACGGACAUGUCAUCUUUGCCCAUGUGGUGGAGCAGCACUGGGAGUGGAAGAACUUUGUCAUCACUCUUACCAAAAGGAGAACCAUGCAGGUUAGGAAUGUCCAGAACGAUGCAGUAGAUGUGUUGGAGUUUAGAGACCGCGUCAUCAAAGCCUCUUUGGCAUUUGACCACCUGGUUGUUGCCACUUCCCUUCAGUGCUACAUCUACAACUCCAGGAACUGGAAUACUCCCAUUAUCUUUGAUCUGAAGGAAGGAACGAUCAGCCUCAUCCUACAGGCUGAAAAACAUUUUUUACUUGUGGAAGGAUCGGGAUUGUGUACCUUCUCUUAUGAGGGUCGGUUAAUAUCAUCCCCCAAGUUUCCGGGUUUGAGGGCAGACAUCCUAAAUGCCCAGACUGCCUCACUUAGCAAUGACACAAUCGCUGUGCGUGAUAGGACUGAUGAAAAAGUUAUCCUUUUCUUUGACGCCAUGACUGGAAAACCCAUUGGUGAUGGGAAACCCUUGACCCAUAAGCUGGAGGUGUCAGAGCUAGCUUUGGACCAGUGCGGCCCAUCCACAGAGAGGAAAAUCGCACUGAUUGACAAGAACCGUGACCUGUACUUGACCUUCGUGCAUCAUCUUGGAAAGGAUCCCAAAAUCUGCAAAAUCGGCAGCAUGGUGCACAGCAUGGCGUGGAACAAUACUGCUAACAUCUUAUGUGGAAUCCAGGAUGAUCAGUUUACAGUGUGGUACUAUCCAAGUGUCGUCUUCACUGAUAAGGAACUGCUUCCAAAAACUAUUUACACAAAGGAUGGCAGCGAGUUUGGUCGUGCACCCCACAUUCUGAGCUACGUUGGAGCCAAGGCGACGCUGCGCCGAGGGGACGGUUCAUUGGUGUACAGCAACGUACCCCUUUAUCCUGCUCUCCUGCAUGAGUACUGCACCUCCGCACGCUGGGAAGAUGCAUUGCGUCUCUGCCGAUUCGCCAAAGAUGAGGCUUUGUGGGCGUGUCUUGCAGGUUUGGCAAUGGCAAACAGAGACCUAGCCACAGCAGAAAUAGCCUAUGCUGCCAUUAGAGAGUUACCGAGGGUGCAGUACAUCAACUUUAUUAAAAAGCAGCCAUCAAAGGACUCAGCACUGGCCCACAUGCUGAUGUUCAGUGGUCAUUUCCAGGAAGCUGAAGCAACUCUCCUUCAAGCUGGUCUUACCUACCAAGCUAUACAAUUGAACAUUGACCUUUUCAACUGGAACAGGGCUCUGGAGCUGGCAGUCAAACAUAAGACCCAUGUGGACACUGUGCUGGCCUAUAGGCAGAAGUUCCUGCAGAAGUUUGGCAGGAAGGAAACCAACAAGAGAUUCCUGGAGUAUUCUGAAGCUGUUGAAGUGGAUUGGGAUAAAAUCCAGGCAAAGAUUGAGAUGGAGUUGGCGAAAGAGCGAGAGAAAGCCGCAAAUCCCAGCGUAAAGAGCAACGUGGUGCUACGUCAUUAAUGUUAAGGACAUUUAGGUGGUGGUUGUUUAUUUUUUUUAUCCACCUCAAGGUGGCACGAGACUGUUACCUAACACAUGAAGAGGAAGACACUGUGGCUCCCUAUACAUUUACCUUUGUAACACAGCAAAUCCACCUGGAGGGAUUAUAGCUGUGGUCUCUUCAGACCAAAGGACAGGGCUGAGGUAAAGUCUCUAUGUUCAUGUUUGUUGAGGUGAAACAUUAAAGGCUAUCCAUGCAACUGGUUGGCUUAUAAAUAGUGUCUAAUUAUUGUCAUUAAGACCUGAUGACCUCAAGAUGUCACUGCUCACUGCAGUUCUUUACCAGCUGGGGAGCUGUUUUAUACCAAACUUUAAAUGUAGGUAGUCAUUCAGCCAUCUUUAUCAGUGUUUGUUUCUUUAAAAUGUGUAAUUAUUCCUCUGUCUCUAGAUACUGGCAGGUUUAGAUGAGCAUAAAUUUUGUUUUGCACUUACAAUGGUUAACACACAGCAGCCUUACCUGAAUAGUAUGUUCUGUUGCCCUUUCUCCAUUUGAACAGUGGCUCUAAGAAGUGGAUAUCUGUUUCACGUCAUAUUUAUAUUCCAGGGAAAAAGAUGUCUUGGAUUAAUACAAACUUCCUAUGCACUGCAACCAAGUUAAAAAGGAAAACAAUGUGUAAAUUACAAUAUUAUGAAAUAGUUUAGGAUGGCAAAAAGGACAUCUUAAUGUUUUAUCUUGUGAUUUUUUUCCCCCUUUAACUCCAAUAAUAGUACCUAAAGAGAUGAUGUAAGACUUAAUAUUGCAAAAGAUGAAAAUUCUUUAUGGCUUUUUCCAUACUUUUAUCUGGAGUAGCAAUAAUCAUAUACUUCUGACCUUUAUUCAUUUCCAGUGAAUUGACUGUUUAACUGUUGGGUGUAAAUGGCUGGUUUCAUUUCUAAUCUGUCAUGUACAUUUUCCUUCAUGGGAUUUUAAUCACGCAUGUCUUAGGUGGGCCCAUUUUACUGCUUAUAGCAAUAAUGUACAGUCUACUUUUCUUUAGUGAAUGUUUACAUCAACAGCUACAGAUGGUGUACAGACCCAACUCAGCAAGAGAUCAAAAGGAAAAAGGGUAUAGUAAUGUGAUGCAUCAGAUUUGAUCCUGGAUUUGUAAAUACUUUGAUAUUUAUAGCUUUACUUUUGUAUGAUCGAUUUAUAUAUUCUUACAUUUGAUUCUUUCAAAGCUAUGUUUUUGCCAUCACUACAUUCAAUUAAUUGAAUAAAACAAAUGG